CACCACAGCCCACCGUUCGUGUGUCUCGACGAAGACGGAGGAGAAGAGAAGCGAAUGGUUACGGUUUCCCUCUCGACAAAACCAACCUCGCCCUCUCUCCUCCCUUCCCUUUCCUCUUCCUCUCAUCCCCUCUCAAUCGGAUCCCUGAUUCCCCCGACCGAACCGAGUCCAUCGAUCUUUUUACUCUGAGCGGAUCGGGUCAUCCAUGGAGGCCAAGGAGAUACGCCUGGAGCCCAUCGUCGACGAGAGUUUCGCCCCCCGCCGUCGCCGCUACUUCGACUGCCUUUGGACCCCUUGGUCCACCCCCGGCUCCUCCUCCGCUGAGUCGUGGAAGCAAAUCCACGAUGUCGGCGGCCGGCACGAAGGCCGGUGGUGGAGCCGGGUGUUUGGCGCGGCGCUGACGAGGGUGCGUGAGUGGUCGGAGCUGGUGGCCAGGCCGCGGUGGAAUGCCUUCAUCCGCCACUUCAGGCGCCACCGGCACGGCGGCGGAUGGAGGGUAGCGUCGGCGAGGUUCCAGUACGACCCCUUAAGCUACGCUCUCAACUUCGACGAGGGCCACGGGGAGUGCCCCGAGGAGGAGUACAUGGGCUACCGCGACUUCUCCACCCGGUUCGCCUCCCCGCCGGCAUCGGCCUAGUCGCCCAUCGAUCUCCUACGCUCCGCCCCUCGCCGGCCUACGGAGGAGUUUCCGGGGACAGGUUGGUGUGCGCACGUUAGUGACGGUCUCUAUUUGCCUUUUCUCAACUGAAAGUAUAUAAAUAUAAAAAUAUAUAUACAUAUAUAUAUAUAUAUAUAUAUAUAUAUAUAUAUAUAUAUAUAUAUAUAUAUAUAUAUAUAUAUAUAUACACAUAAAUGUGUGUGAGAUUAUAAAAUGUCGUUUUGGUAUAUCGCUUGAUAUUAAUCAACCGUUGCUUGGUCGUAUCAACUGAUUGCGAUAAGUAGCUGUAAAAGUCGUGAAAUCAUAAACGAUUUAUCUUCUUCUUCCUUUUGCAUGAACGUCGAUACAAUUAUAUUAUAGCUUCA